AUGGCGGGAUUAGAGCGACGUGGAAUGACGGCGUUUGAUAUGGAAGAAGAGAAAGAAGAGGGUCAUUUUGAUGCCAAUGGGAACUUUAUAUGGGAUGAAGAAAACAAAAAGCAGGAAGAGGCUUGGCUUGAAGAUGUGUCGGAGCAGCAAAUGGGUGCUGCCAAGCACGCCAAAAGCCGCCGCGAGUUUCGCGACGAGCAGACGGAGGAGACGCUAACGAUUGAGACAGCAAACAAGACGCUGUCAGCUCUGUUAAAGUCUCGUGAGACGGUGUUGCAAGCACUUAAGCGUCUUGGAUCUAAAAAGAUGAAGCGUGCUCGAUCAGGAAGCAAGCGAAAGCAGACACAUCAAGUCGAGACACAGACGCCAGAGGAGAAGAAGCAGUUUGAGCAGAUUACAGAAGCUGCCGACUUUUUAAUGAGGCUGGGAGAGGUGGAUGUAUAUGGCCAAAUAAAAGAGGAGUUUAUGUUAGAAGAGGAGUUGGUGGAACAGCGGCGACAAGUGCAGUUUGCUGAAGAGAAUGAAGCGAAGAGCGAGGAGAAAGCGCCUAAGCAGGAGGUCAUGUGGGAGUACAAAGCUAAUGACGGACAAAUCCACGGACCUUUUCCUACCUCAAACUUUGUGGCUUGGCAGCAGCAGGGUUAUUUCAAAGGAGAUACUGCGGUAGACAUGCGGCAAGUGCAGAAUGUUUGUGAUGGUGCUGCUGUACAACACCCGAAUAAAAAGCAAAGGAAAGAGGAUGUGCAUGUGUCAGCUGAGCAAGAAAUGCUCGACGAUUUUGAAAACAGCGACAUUGAAGAUGAUAUCCAUUCUGCUGAUGACAAGAAAAAGACACAUGAAAACUCAUGGAAGCGAUCCGACGCAAUUAACUUUUCCUUGUAUUGA